AUGGCCAGUAGCAGAACUCUUAACUCGCAGUCCAUCUCCGAAAUCACAGCCAAGGAGAAGGAACUCACAGGUCAAGAUCGGCCUGUAGCCGGUGGCCCAGCAGCUCAAGCGCAAAAACACGCCAACCAGCCCGUCUCCUCCGACGUGGUUUCCGACGUCGCGCAGGGAGAGAAGAAAGUAACAGGCCGUGAUGUUCCCGUAUCAGGCGGCCCCGCCGCUCUCGCACAGAGCAUCGCCUCCUCCGUAAGUCCUUACAACCAAUUCCGCCCCGCAAUCCACGGUGCGGAGACAGAGCUGACGGGCCAAGACCAGCCCGUAAAGGGGGGUCCCACGGCGCAGGCCCAGAGUCACGCCAAUGAACCCAUCAACAGCCAAAACCUCCACGAUAUCACCGAGGGAGAAAAAAAGGUUACCGGGGGCCAGCGGGUUAAAGGCGGCCCUACUGCUACGGCGCAGAGCGAACUGGGCAAGAGUCGAUCUUAA